GGAUCAUGCGUAUAUAAAAUUAUAAUGUACAAGAGGUCCAGACCGGAGCGCUGUCGGUGCAAAUGAGCCAUAUCCUGCAAUUGAGAGGAUUGGCUGGGACCUCUUGCUCCAUUCGCAUUCUGCUUGCUGACCUCACUGAGCCUCCAACACGUAAAGGACAUUAUAAUGCACACACUCCUAUUGUUCCUCUGCGUCGCGCUGCACGGCGCGUACUGCCUGCCGCCGGACAAAGUACCAGCUACACACAUAAUAAAGACUCGGAGCAUAGACCUGAACAAUGCUUAUGGACUGGCCAUGGAAACGCGGCUGGAUAAGAUCGUGGAGCCAACUGGGUACCGUCUAGAGCUGGAACCGUAUCUAGAUGAUGGGCUUUUCAAAGGUCAUGUUCGUAUCAACGUGACCUGGCUCCGAGAGUCUGAUGAGAUCAGCAUUCAUUGUGCACACGAGAUUGAGAUCAGCGAUACUGACGUUAGGGUACAUUACUCUGGAGAUAAAAAAGAACUCCAAAAAAUUGAAAUCAAAAAAUUGAUGAUGGAUGCUAAAAAACCGAUAGCGACGUUAUAUUUAGAGAAGACUAUUCCCAAGUCAUCUUCAGGAUACUUGGAGUUCAGUUUCAACGGGAAUUUAGAGACUGCUUCUACAGAAGCGUUCUUCAAGACCACUUACACCACUGAUCAAGAAAUUGAGAGGAUCGUAGCAGCGACACAACUCAGACCGAACAACGCUCGCCGCAUGUUCCCCUGCUUCGAUGAGCCCAGCUAUAAGACUCCAUUUGAACUGAGCGUGGUACGACCGAGGAGUAUGGUGGCGCUCAGUAACAUGCCUGUCAAAAGGACUCAGGACAUUACUGGAGAACCAGAUGCCGUGUGGGACCAUUUUGAGACAACAUUCCCUAUGUCAACAUUCACUCUUGGAUUGGUGAUAGCAGACCUCAAGCAACUUGGCAAUUCUACUCAUUUCAAAGAUGACAAUGGGAACGAUAUUGAGCUUCGCGUUUGGGGACGUCCAGAGUACCUCCAAGCCUUAGAAGGAGUGAAUGAGAAGUUGGUCCAAGUGUUUGGCGAAAUAGCCAACCUUUGGAAGGAACCUUUGCCUCUCCGCAAGUUGGAUGUGGUGGCCCUCCCGAACUACCAGGGCGUGAAGCCUGCUGAUAACUGGGGCCUUAUCGUGUUCAAAGAGAGUGACCUCAGCAGUCGAGGGUACCUGCAGUUAGCCCAGGAGCUGUCGUAUCAGUGGCUCGGCGCCUUUACCACACCAGCUUGGUGGUCAGACGCGCACCUCAACAAAGCUCUGGUGGGAUACUUCUCAGCAGAGACGGCAUUUAAGAUCAACAACGGAUCAGAAAUGGAAGGAAAAUGGCCGAUGACGGUCCUCUACUCCCUAUACUAUGAGUUCAGCAAGCGUUACCCGCACUCUCGCAUCACCGGCAUGAAGCAGGAGACGGCUUCUACUAAAAUUGAACUGCUGUUCCGAAUGUUUAAUUUCACUUUAGGAGGGGAUACGUUCAAGAAAGGACUUAGGAUGUUUUUGGAGACUCGUAAAUUCAAAACGUUUACGGGCGAUGAUAUCUGGAACGCUCUGAACACUGCCGCAAAGGAAGACGGCAAGAUCCCCAAAGACAUUGACGUGAAGGUGGUGGCUAAUGGCUGGAUAGAUAAGGACAGACUGCCACUUAUCACUGUCCACAAGAAAAACGACGGCAAAUCUAUUCACGUUACUCAGAAAUUGUAUCUUCGCGAGCGUCCUCAUGACGUCCCGGACGCGGACCGUAUGUCCUGGUGGGUGCCGCUGGUGGUAGCGCGGGAAGACAACCUGGACUUCACCAACACUAAACCAGUGGCUUGGAUGAAGAAUGUUAAAGAGCUGACAGUGGAUGGCAUGCCGGGGAAGGACAAAUUCGUCAUUGUUAAUCCUGAGGAAAUUGCACCAUUCCCAGUAAACUAUGACGCAGAGAACUGGAAUCUACUCCUUAACUUCCUUCAAAGCGAUAAACGCCUUAAUAUCCCUGAGUUGACGAGAGCCAAAAUUCUCCAUGACGCUUGGAACCUCGCCUAUGCUGGAGAACUAUCCUUCGCCACUGCAUUAAACAUGACCUUAUUCUUGAAGAACGAAAGACAUCACCUCGUCUGGGAUCCUGUGUUCACGAUGGUCGAUCACAUUGGCAGACGGAUUUGCUUAUGCAUUCAACAGAAAUUUAAGGCUUAUGUUAGAACCCUGCUAACGCCUCUGUACGAAGAGUUAAUCAAGGACGUAAGGGAAGACGAAGAGAAAUGGCGCAAGAACCUUCGUUCCUUAACAAAGACUUUCCUCUGCCAAGCUGGAUACAAACCUUGCAUCAGGGAAGCCCAAGAGCAGUACUCCAAGUGGAUGCAGGCCAAGAGCCCCGAUGAGGGGAAUCCAAUAUCAAAUCAAUACAUCUGCCCGGUGUUCAAAUACGGCAUGAAGAAGGAAUGGGAGUUCGGCCUCCAGAGAGUGAUCCAUUUCCCUCCCUCAAGAAAGCAGAACGAGAGGACAUACCUUCUAAAGACGUUGGCUGGCUGUCCAGAAGACGAAUACAAGAUAAACCGCCUGUUAAACAUCACCGUGUUGGAAGAGAAUGGCAAUUUCACUGAAACUGAUCUGUUCCUGAUCUUUAGCAUGUUGUCUGGCAGCCCUCAGGGAUACACCACGCUGUUCAACUUCGUUAAUAAGAACUGGGACGUUUUGAAGGAGAAAUUCUCCAGCAAAACAAACUUAUGGGACAACCUGAUAACAUCAGCCACUUCACAGUUUACAACUGAAGAUGGUCUUGAAUUGGUCUCAAAUUUGUACGUAGCUCAUCAAGGAGAAUUCGGCUCAGCAGAACACAUCAUCGAAAAGUCCAUGAGGAACAUAAGAGAGGAGGCCAAAUGGUCUGCUGAGACCCUUCCACUUAUUGACGAGUGGCUUAAGAACUACCUUUCCAGUUCUGACAUUAAGGAUGACCAGUUUAUAGAGAACUAGAACAUUCUGAAUAAGGAGAGGGAAAAAGCUACAUGUGAAUUAUAUUUUUAUCAUAGCGAUCAUUUUAAAUGUAAGGGUCAGUAUUAGAACAGCAAUUUUUCAAUCAUAUAAAUGUAUGGUUGUUAUUGUUAUACGAAAAUAGUGUUGCAAGUAUAACUUGUGUCUAGAGUUUGACACUAAUCUAAAUCAACGUUAAAAAAACUAUACAGUAAAAUAAGUAUUCGAGUUUUGUAUAUUGAACUAAUUAUAAGUCUUGUUACCUAUAUAAUGUAAAUAUGUUAUUUUGAAACUUUAUAUUAAAAUAAUUGGAGGUAA